AUGGACACGUUCAUCGGGACUAUACACAGUCCAUUUUCCGAUGCCCGGCCUUCACUGCAAGAGAUGCAGCCUACAAACACAGGGCUUGGCCCUGGGCCUUCGAAUUCAGUGCCACCGGUCGAAAUGCAGAUUGAGUCGCCCAGGGUCCCGGACUGCAACUCCAGCAAUUGUCCCGGUCGCAGUACCUCCGGUGGUGGACCCCUCACUCCGCCAAUUGUGGCCUUUGGGCUGCAAUCACAACCGCGUUCCACCAAUGUGCAGCGCGUUCAGAGCGCGCAACUAAUUCCCCUUGAUUCCUCACAACGCGGUCAGGCGCUCACCGCACGCUCGCAGCGCUCACAGUUUGUGCCUGGUGAGACAAUUGACAUUGUACUCUUCCCUUGUUCGCUUGAAGAGGGUAAACGAAUCUUCAACCGCAGCUUCAGUAUGCCAAAUGAGCAGAAGGCAGCGUUCUUUGCUGCGUUGAAGGGAAAUUGGACGCUGCCUGCAAUACGUGCGGAUGGCAGUGACAAGAUCAAGUUCAUCAAAGCCAGCCCACAGCAUGCUUUGAACGGAUCGUCGACACUGACUUCGAUGAAACCCAAGUUUACAAAACUGCGCGGUAUCUUUACACCGAACCAAGCGGUUGUUCCUGUAGUUCCGAUCGACGCGGCAAUCUUCUCUGCUAUCACCGUGUUUGUGACAGAGACAUUCCCUCAUCACGAGCUUCUGCAUCGAUGCUAUGCGACCCGUUUCUUUGCACAGCUUGCGCGUUCCUCACCUAGCCAUACCGAUGACACCGCCGAUCCCGCUGUGCUAUGCACAACCUGCAGUUGCCUCUCAAAUGUGCCGUCUAUCCCUGCGGACUGGAUUCCCAGCCCAGACUCGGAGUCCAGCUCACAAGCCGCUGUACAUCCUUUCGUCCCUGGGCCAUCUGUACCUAGCCCUGCGCUGUCUAUGUCUGCUCUCCCCGAAGCGGACCCUCCUGUUGUGGCGCCUCAGGCUCGCAAUGAGGCGACUGUAACUUCCCGCACUGGGCGCAUCAUUUCAAUCUUUCCCGCUCCUGUGCCUCGCUCCGGGCACUCCAUUACCACUACUGGUACGGCUGGUGCGGGUAUCCCAGCUACUGUCAUUGGAGUCUCUCGCGCACGUUCGUUGAGUAUGGAGGAUUUGUCUGCGGCUCCGCCUUCCCGUCGCCAACGACAGCAUGAACCCGGUGUUCCAUCCCAGAACACUGAUCUGACAAGGGAUCUGACAAGGCCGGGUGCUUCCACGUCGCAUCCAAUCAUCGUCGAUAUACCGUCCAUAUGGAAGGAUGAGCUGGCAUUGCCAGGAGUCCCCAAUCUGCGGAUGACCCUGGACUUUCAGAACGCGUUUGUCCAUGCUUCUACUGUAGCAUGGCGGAAGGACGGCGAGGACCAGCUGCACGUCAAUUCCAGUACUCGCCAGUCGAGUGCCCGCGCAGUUGUCACUCAUAUUGCCCACUUCAUUCGCCGCAGGGAUGGGCGAGCCGCAGGUCUAGGAGGCUACAGGGAACCGCGCGGCACUACAAUGUGGACAGCACGCCUUUCAUCAUACCUCCACCCAUUUAGUCGUGACAUAACCAUCGGACCUUCUGUUGGGCGUGGGCCCGAGGUUGCGACAUAUCUCGAGAUCCUGAGAUCUCUUGUCGACGUACAUGACAAUACUCAGUUUGAGUAUGCUCGGCAUGUCGCUCAGCCAAUGGCUAUGCCAUGGGGUCUCUGGGAGGAGCGUAAUGGCUAUGUUGUCCCUGUGUUGGACGAUGUAGCCUCCGACACAUUGGAGGAUGACCGCUUCGGCAUCUUGUCCGCACAGGGCAUGGUUGCUGCCUUAGUGAUGGGCCGGUUUGCCCUUGCACCUAGGCCGAUUCAUCCAGUCCUAAUCCUCUGGGCGCUCUUGGGCGACAGCGCGUUCAAGAUGUCGUUUGAGCUGCUUUUGCGGCUUGACCCGAUUGCUGCCAACGAGCUCCGUCCAUGGUAUGCGCUCAACUUCGACGAACACCUUCCCUCGCAUGAGGGAUACCAUUCAGAACCUGUAUGGGCCCUUCUCAUGGGACGUCUUGGUGUUCAGCCUCAACGUAUUGGCUUCACUCCCGAUGCUUCCAGCAGAAUCCGAUAUACACGCCAGCUCGUAUGUGCCACAGUGCUGGGCAAGACCACCGCAAAUGCGCCAGAACUGGAAGCUUUCCGCAACGGUUUCACGGUACAAUUUGGGGCUGCGGAUGUGGAGCGCUUCUGCGAUCUCUUUGCGAAGCCGGUGUCGGUAACAGGUGGCAGUCGCACGGCGAGUUUGGACCCUUUUGUGGUCGUACAAACUCUGUACAGCCGUACAAUCAAGAGCCCUCAAGACGUUGCGAGGCUUAUGACCUAUGCGCCUAGUAUGCUGGAAUCUCUUGCAUCGACCCCAGCGGAGCGCAAGAUCCAGGAGCUUUACGAGGACAUGUUUGAGUGCCGCCUGCUUCGCUGGCUCUAUGGACAAGGCCAUCCCGACCAUUCUAUGCUCCGUGACGCGCCGGUGCCGUUACUGAGAGCGAAGAGCUACCUGUUGAUCCCAAUUGGCGGCUUGAUUUCCAGUUUCGUCAUGCGCACAACAGCAGAGAUGAUGCAGUUCUGGAUCUUCACACCUGUGUCGGAUACUGUGUUGUGA